UGUGAAAUUUCACUUGCCAAUAUCUCGCCUACUAAUGCUACUUCUGCCAUUAAAAACUAGACUGGACCUAUUUUUACCAACAAAUAACGCUGAACAAGUGCCAGUUGUGGUGUUUGUAACUGGAGGAGCAUGGAUCAUUGGCUACAAAGCUUGGGGUUCGCUACUGGGAAGGCAGUUGGCUGAAAGAAAUAUCAUAGUUGCAUGCAUUGAUUACAGAAAUUUUCCCCAGGGAACUAUUAGUGACAUGGUGAACGAUGUUUCUGAGGGGAUCUCAUUUGUCUGCAACAACAUUGCUGAUUAUGGAGGUGAUCCUAAGAGGAUUUAUCUAAUGGGGCAAUCAGCUGGUGCACAUAUAUCUUCUUGGGCUCUUUUGGAACAAACAAUCAAAGAAUCUAGGGGAGAGAGCACCUCAUGGAGUGUUUCCCAGUUAAAAGCUUAUUUUGGUUUAUCUGGAGGGUACAAUUUAUUUAAUUUAGUGGAUCACUUCCACAAUCGUGGCCUCUAUCGUUCCUUCUUUUUAAGAUAUCCUCUGAAUGAAUAG